GCAAUUAAUCUCGCUCGCUCUGCCCGGUCGUCUGGCACCUUCUCCUCUCCUAUCCACCUAUCUCACAUCCAACAAUGUGUUCGAUUGCCGCCGUUGCUGCUCGCCGGGCAUUUGCUCGCCCUGCUGCUCUUCGCGUUCCUCAGCGCCGAUUUCUCGCUACCUCUAAGCUCGAGGAGGGCGGUCUCGAUAAGGCUCCUAAGAGGGAUCCUGAGCUCUACGUCCUCCUCGGUGUCAUGUCCGGCGCCUUCCUGCUCGCUGGAUGGUAUUUCGGCCGCAAGCCCACUUCCGUGACUUCAGAAGAGAGCAACGUUCGCAUUGGCGAGAGUGCCAUGCCCUGGGAGCGUGAGGAUAAGGGUGGAAAGGCCUUCAAGUACCAAUAUCACCCUCACGGUGACAAGAACCAGCCUCUUAGAGAGGCCCCCAGUGCUCUCAACACCGUCAUUGUCCCUAAUGUCACUUUGCCAAAGGAUCUCCAUGAUCGCUUUAACAAGUACGGCAAGGAGGAGUGGGACUUCUGAGCUGUAACUCUAGUCAAUGCACGUGCUAGUUACUGUACACUAUAACCGCCAUGGAAACCAGAAUGCUGAAGAGCCGCAUAUAGUCGUUUUCAAUGUUACAAGGGUUUGAC